UUAGAAAAGUUUUGCCAUUAAAGAAUAAUCUCACUGUCCAGAAAAUAGAAAUUCUUCAUUAUUCGAACAAAAAACUAUGCGAAGUGAUGAAAGACUUGAAUAACAUUUAUAAAUUACAGCUUCUUUGUACUGCAUCUGGUUGUUUCAUGAAAAUGUUGUUCAAUAUUUAUUUCGCAAUGUUUGGACAACGAUUUGACUCAGUGAAGAAUAUAUUGCAAUCUAUCGAAAUAAUUUUAUGGACUUUUUAUUACCUGUUGAGAUUUUUAACCACAACUAUCACUGCAUCACUUACAAGCAAAGAGGCUAUGAAAACAAGAACUAUUGUAGCUCAUAUUAAUUCCAGACACUUAUCUAAAGAAAUACAGGAAGAGCUAAAUUUAUUUUCGAAUCAUAUUUCAUCAAUGGAAAUGAAAUUCACAGCUUGCGGUUUACUAACAGUUAAUUCGAGAUUGAUAACUGCUGCUAUAGCGACUGGUACAACAUACCUUGUUGUUUUGGUGCAAUUUAGACCUCAAAUAUAA